CAGAACUCUUGUGAAGUGAAACUCUUCAACCUUGAAGCCAAGUGCUGCCUUGUUGCGAAGACUGUGACAACCCUCACUUAAUAAAACAGCCUUUGACCUGUGGACAUCUUCAGGAACCAGCUGUGGAAGUGGCAAAAAUGGCCUCAACUGGUUUACGCCGUGAGAAACACCUGCUGACCUUAGGCAUCUGCUGUUCGCUUGAUAGACGCUAUGGUCGUCUGGUGAGGCCAAUGCAAAUCCUUCAGAUAAUCGCUACAAACCUGAGGAACCGUCCUCUGAGCAGAUCAAACAUCGACUCCAUUUACGAGUCCAUACCCAGCCUGUACCACAGCCUCGUGACAGGUUCUAAGGACUUCCCUUUAAUCCCAGUGAAAGGAUUGUACAUCUCGCGCCUGAUGUUCACGCCCUUUCCUCAUAGCAGGCACAGCCAGAGGGAGAAUGCCCCACCAUCUCCUCUAACGGAAGAACCAGCAAGUCUGGUGGUGCCCACUGCAGGCUCCAGUUCUCCUCCUCCAAAUAUACUGACUCCAGUUCUUCCUGAGAAGACGGAGAUAGAAGCGCUGAAGGCCGACCGCAGGAACUGUGUCCGCAGCUUGGAGUUUGAUGGCAGCACUGUCACCAGAGUCAUCUCCACUGUGUACCGCACUGAAAGCGCUGAGCUGACCAACUGCUGGAGAGUGACCGACUACACUGCAGACGGACACCUUCUCAUGUCAGUCCUCUGUCGGUUUAAUAAGGUGUCGACAAAGUGCGCAAAGACUCUGAAACAGGGGAAGCGGAAGGAUACAGAGGAAGAGAGCAGCAGCAGCAGCAGCAGCCUGUCUCCACCAAAGAAGCGCUUGAGAGUGUGAUGGGAUGGUCCAACAAUCCACCAGUUCUCAUGCACCAACCAGGACUUUAAGCAGCUCCCAGAGGUUCUUUGGUGCUUUGACCACAUUUGCACUGCUGCAGCUUUUGGUCUGUCCCUUGUGGCCUGUGCAUCUGGCACGGCUAGAGAGCACCCAGGUAGCGUCUUGCACCGGGGCCCAUGCAGACAUGCUGCACCAUGGAUAUGGUUGGCUGAGGAGUUAUUAUUGUACAUUUGUAAAUAGUUUGUUUCAUCAUGGUACACAGGUCAGUGUUUUUGGUGCGUCUCGCACCUUUCUUUAUUUCUUUAUGCUGGCCUGUGUCUGAUAUGGUGGAAAACAUGAGGGAGCUGCCAGGAACUCUUGAGAUAGGAGCUCCCUUGAAAGAAAUUUUAUUUUUUUUUUCCCCCCCAAACAGGAUGAAUUGGAAACACUAAAUUGCCUGUGCCCUGUUCAGGGUUUAGCUCACCUCCUACCCAAUAUGUGUUGGGACAGACAGCAGUCUCCCUGAAGACUUGAACAGCAAAAGCACUUACGAUGGAUGUCUGUAAAUAAAGUUGAAUGUGUUUUCUUGAGCUAGAAGCACAUGCAACUUUAUUUAAUGGAGCUGACUCAUCAUCACGAGCUUCAGAUUCAAGUUUAAGCUAGGAAUGAGAAGACCUAUCAAAACACCUGCAGGGACAGAGUCAGAGCAAGAAAAACUACUGAUCCACCAAUGAGAGGCAGUUCAACAAGGAAGAACAGCCUGAUAGAAGAGGCAGGAGAAGACAGGAUCAGCAAGACAGGGGCCAGUGAAGAUAUUAACCCCACCUGCAAUUUCUCCCAGCUAUCCAGACCAGCCAGAGGUGGACAGAGUGGAAAACAUGUACCUGUUCAUCAAGGAUCAAAAUCUGGGACACCAAGAUGUCUUUACUUAUAAAGGAUUUUGACUUUGAUUUGAACCUCACCAAGAAUGAACAAAUUGGAAUGCGAGAGGAGAAACAAGAUAAAGACCAGAGGAGACAAGCAGAGGAGAUGCCAUGCACUGUGAACCCCCUCAUUAAAAAAGAUAAAGAGGAGAGAAGGGAGGAAGCAGCGUCCCCUGUAAACUCUCAUUUAAAAAAAGAUAAGUAUAAAUUUUAUUCGUUGUUAUUAUCAGAAUUCCUUUACAGAUAAAUAGUUCCUCUUGGGCUUAAGUUGUUUAUUAACUAUUACUUUCACUGUCUCCCAUUUGUCUCUUAGAGUAAAGAGAUGAGAUGACACGAGGACAAACAAGACAAAGACCAGAGGAGACAAGCAGAGGAGAUGCCAUGCACUGUGAACCCCUUCAUUAAAAAAGAUAAGUAUGCAUUUAUUAUAAAUUAUUAUCAGAAUUGUAUAUAACGAUAAAUUGUUCCUCUUUUUACAUAAUUUUGAUGAAGUUAUUAAUUGUUAUUUCGCCUUAUUUGUCAUGUGUCUUUUAGAGAGGAGAGAAGGGAGGAGGCAGCGUGCCCUGUAAACUCUCAUUUAAAAAAAGAUAAGUAUAAAUUUUAUUCGUUGUUAUUAUCAGAAUUCCUUUACAGAUAAAUAGUUCCUCUUGGGCUUAAGUUGUUUAUUAACUAUUACUUUCACUGUCUCCCAUUUGUCUCUUAGAGUAAAGAAAUGAGAUGACACGAGGACAAACAAGACAAAGACCAGAGGAGACAAGCAGAGGAGAUGCCAUGCACUGUGAACCCCUUCAUUAAAAGAAAUAAAGAGGAGAGAAGGGAGGAGGCAGCAUGCCCUGUAAGCAGGCAGGCUGAGUGAACCCUCUGAUUUAAAAAGUGAGGACAAGCGGCCCCAGACGUCCUCCUCAUCUGCUGCAGCAGCAGCAUCGUCAGUUUGCUGUCCUGAAGAUCAUCAGGACAAGUGGGAUCCAAACUCAUCUCCAGGGGAGACUGGGACCUGAAUGCAGCCUUCGAAGGUUUAAAAAAUGUGUAAAUAAUGAGAAAGAAAGAGAGACACAAAGUUUAUGCAUUAUUUGAUAAAAGUGCUUGCUAAAUGUUUAUGACCUGGUUUGACACUGAAAAUGACGAUAUAGGAAUUCCACAAAGAGCUCCUGAGUUGAGUAAGUGGUGUCAAAAUGUUCCAACCUCAUUGCCCGCAUCAAAAAAUAAAACAGGCGGAAAUGAUUUUAUUCUGUUAAGUGGCUGCGUUCUUGAACACACUGUGUUUUUUUUACAGCACUAAUAUCAUCUUAGCUGGAUAUUUUCUCAAAACUGAAUGGAAAAUGAAAGAAUUAUUUGCAAGACAAUGUUGAAGCAAAAUUGAAACUACACUAAACAGCGUUUUUAAAUAAAAGUAAAAUAGUGAAAAAUGGCCCAUGUCCCAUGCCUGGUCCCAACAAGAACAAGUUGAUGAAGGUAUAAAAGUUAUGAUAUAUGAAAAACAACCAACUGGAAAAAGGGGGAUCAAGUUUAAAGGUGCUCAGCCAAACUGUGUAACAUUUACAGUAUACAGGGUGUAAAAUGAUAAUUUUAUACCUUUUUAGGCUGAUAAUGAAUCACUGUCAC